GAGCACGGCACCGGAUAUCCUCCAGCCGUGCAUUGUGGGAUUGACUCAGAAGAUCGCUAUAACAACCGUGGGGGAAAAAAAUAUUCAAAGUAAUGAAUUAAAUGGUGCUACCGGGGCGUUUCAUGCAAUAUAACUUCACAAUGCCUCGGUUUAUAAUAAGUUUAGUCCAGUAGCCAAGUUCUCCCAAUGUAACGUGAUUUGUUUUGGUCGCGGCAAUUCAGCAUUAAUUAGGAGCACGUUCAAAUAGUGGAAACGCUUCCAUUCGCUUGUGCACUUUUUAUACUUGUAGUAAUACAUUCCGUAGAAUUGUUUAGUUAGCAUCCUUUAUUCGUAUUCUCUACUUAUCCAUCCUGUCAAAAUUAAUCACAGACCCUGGGGAAAACAAAACCCAGCUCCUUCACUUCACCGAUUUCGGCUUCCGUCCCUUUAAACCUGGUCCACCAGCUCGCUGGAGAAGUUCCCGUGAAAAUCAAAAGUGAAUUCACAGGUAGAGAAUGGCUUCCUCGUCCGGAAACGACGACGAUCUCACCAUCCCGAGGGCGGCCAUCAACAAGAUGAUUAAAGAAACUCUUCCCAACGUGCGGGUGGCCAACGACGCCCGAGAGCUGGUGGUGAACUGCUGCACCGAGUUCAUCCACCUGGUUUCCUCCGAGGCCAACGAGAUCUGCAACAAGUCCGAGAAAAAGACCAUCUCCCCCGAGCAUGUCAUCAAUGCACUUGAAAGUCUUGGCUUUGGAUCCUACAUUACGGAAGUGAAGGACGUUUUGCAGGAAUGUAAGACAGUUGCACUAAAGCGGAGAAAGGCAAGCUCACGUUUGGAAAACCUCGGCAUCCCUGAAGAGGAGCUUCUUCGCCAGCAGCAGGAGUUAUUCGCCAAGGCACGGCAGCAGCAGGCAGAACUCGCCCAACAGGAGUGGCUGCAGAUGCAACAAGCAGCACAUCAGGCUCAGUUAGCAGCAGCUUCAGCCACCGCAGCUCAACACGCCCGAUCCUCCCAGGAAGAUGAUGAAGAGGAUGAUAUGUGAUCUCUCUCUCUCUCUCACUCUCUCUCUCUCUCUCUCUCUCUCUCUCUCUCUCUCACUUGCACUCUCUCUCUAUAUAUAUUCUAUAUCUCUUUAUGUCUUUGUCUUUCUCUUUCUCACUCACAGUAUCCGUUUAUAUUGACUUUUUAGAGAAAAAAAAAAAACAUGGCCAGACGGCUGUUUUAUUUGGCUUUCCCCCUUUGUCAAGAUAUUUAGGCUUUUUUUCCCCCCUUCCUUUUAUUUUCAGAGACAUAUUUCUUCAUUAUGAAUUCCUGAUUUUCUUUCAGACAGUUAAAAUAUUUGAAGCCGCCAUAUUGUAUGUGAAUCAUUGUUUUUAGACUUUGGAUCGUAUAAUAUCUCGGCGGCAGAAGAUGCGUUCUGUUUAAUUGUUCUCGGUUUGGUGCAGGAAUGAGUGUUUAAACUCAAAUGCCUCCUAUUUUAGGUGUCCUGUAGAUUUCUUGCUUUUUUGUAUAUGUAAAAAAAUUAUGAGUAACAAAUCUUUUUUUUUUUUUUUUUUUUCUUGGUGAUUUUGAUUUUUACAUCAAUUGUUCCUUCCCGGUUUUGCUCUUUGUGUUGGGCAGAGAGCUGAUCUGGGUUGUAAAGUAGGACUUUUCUUUUUUUGUUUUGUUUUUAGUUGAGUUGGUAAGAGUACAGUGUAUGUAGGAUGCAGCUUUUGUCUGGCCUGUGUUCAUAACAGUAUUGAAAGGAGAGCUACAGAAUGAUAUCUGUCUCUUUAGUACCAAAGAUAGAGAUGAAACUUCAGUCACCAGAUAGUCUUAAGAAAUUCUCUGGACAGUUUUACACUCUUUACAAAAAGAUGCUCUCGUGACUGAUGGCACUGAACUACGCCACCAUCAGUGUCCCUAUAUUGAUAGCAACUAUCAAACUGUAAAAUGUUUUCAUACCCAAGCAGAAGGUUUUUGUUCCUCUGUAUCUCUCUGGUGCAAUGUGUAGAAGUUGCAUUGUGAAUGUGCGGUCAAUUAUUGUGACGAUUGGUAAGUUUUAGUUGAGGCACGUGUUCACAUGGCUUUGCAGGAGCUGUAAGCUGUAUUCUCUAAGCAAUAAAAGUCAACAUGUUUUAUAA